AAAAAAGAAAAACAUAAUUGUGGAACUGCAAGAACACUUUGCACUGAAAAAACAAAAGUCUUGUUGCUUUUCUUCUACUUCUUCUUCUUCUUUUGUCUCUCUCUCCUUUGAUGAUGAGAGAGAAAAAGAAGCCCUCUGUGUUUGGGCGCGGAGUGGGUCCGAGCAACAAGCACCCGUCUCCUACUCAAGUCUUUUUCUCAUAAAUUCCUCAACUCCCUCGUCGCCAACUCCAUUUCGAUUUCAUCCUCUCUUUUUCCCACACAGUUAAAUAUUCGUUGCAAGGAAGGCCAGCUAAAGCUGCGCUUUUUCGCUUCUUGAAAGUUACAAUUCUCAAAAUUGAGCGCCAGACGAGAAAAGGGCUCCCAUAAAAAUCGAUUCUUGAACCCCAAUAGAAAAUGGGUGCUUUUGCGUUUCUUUUCUGGUUUUGAAAAGAGCUGCUUUUUGUUCGUUAGCGAAGAAAAAAGUGCUGAUUUCUCUCUCUGAUUGAAGAAUGUUGCUCAGGAAUUUGCGUUUGUCGGCAUUCCUCGUACUAAAUCUUUGUCUGUGCAUCGUUUCCUUGAACCCCGAUGGCCUGUCGCUGCUGUCCCUCAAGUCCGCCGUGGACGCCGCCUCCGCCGCCGCCUUCUUCUCCGACUGGAACGAGGACGACGCCACGCCGUGCCACUGGACGGGAAUCUCGUGUAUGAACGUCUCCGGCUCGGAGGAUCCCCGCGUGGUCGGAAUUUCCUUCGCCGGAAAGAAUCUCCGCGCCUACAUUCCGUCGGAGCUCGGCAGCUUGAUUUAUCUCCGGCGGCUGAACUUGCACGGCAACAAUUUCUACGGCGGAAUCCCCGAUCAAUUGUUCAAUGCCUCUUCGCUCCACAGCAUUUUCCUCUACGGGAACAACCUCUCCGGUUCCUUACCCCCCUCUUUAUGCAGCGUCCCCCGCCUGCAAAAUCUUGAUCUUUCGAAUAAUACGUUAUCCGGGCAGCUGCCGAAGUUCUUGCAGAACUGCCGGCAGCUGCAGCGCCUGAUUCUGGCCGGAAACAGGUUUUCCGGCCAGAUUCCGGAGGGGAUUUUCCCGGAGCUGGCUAAUCUUGAGCAGCUCGAUUUAUCCGGGAACGAGCUCAAUGGCUCGAUCCCGGAUGAUAUGGGGGAGCUUAAGUCAUUGUCUGGGACAUUGAACUUGUCUUACAAUCAUUUCACAGGGAGAAUUCCCAAGAGCUUGGGUGAUUUGCCUCUAACUGUGAGCUUUGAUCUGAGAGGAAAUGAUUUGAGUGGUGAGAUUCCUCAAACAGGGUCGUUUGCGAAUCAAGGGCCAACUGCAUUCUUGGAUAAUCCUAGUUUGUGUGGCUUCCCUUUGCAGAGGUCUUGCAAGAACACUAGCUCGGAUAGUUCGCCUAGUGUUGAGUAUGGUUUGCAGGAUAGCGAUGGGGUUGGGGGCCGGAGGGGGCUGAGGCCCGGGAUGAUCAUACUGAUAUCCGUGGCUGAUGCAGUGGGAGUGGCGGUUGUAGGGUUGGUUGUGGUUUAUGUGUAUUGGAAGAGGAAGGAUUCCCAUGGUUGUAGCUGCACCGGGAAAGGGAAGCUCGGGGGGAAUGAGAAGGCGGGGUUGUGUGCUUUUCCUUGCAUUGGGUUUGGCGGCUUCCCUAGUAAUGACUCGGAGGUGGAGUCAGAAAAGGGCGGUAGUGGUGGUGGUGGUGGUGCUAGUGGUGGGAUGAGUGGCGGAGAGGGUGAUCUUGUGGCCAUUGAUAAGGGGUUUAACUUUGAGUUGGACGAGCUUUUGAGGGCAUCGGCUUAUGUGUUGGGGAAGAGUGGUUUAGGGAUAGUGUACAAGGUUGUGCUCGGGAAUGGGGUGCCGGUGGCGGUUAGGAGGUUGGGGGAAGGAGGGGAGCAACGGUAUAAGGAGUUUGUGGCGGAGGUGCAGGCGAUUGGGAGGGUCAAGCAUCCGAACGUGGUGAAGCUGAGGGCGUAUUAUUGGGCGCCCGACGAGAAGCUUCUCAUCAGUGAUUUCAUCUCCAAUGGUAGCUUGGCGUCUGCUCUUCGAGGGAAGGCGGGGACGACGUCGUCCCCGUUGUCCUGGUCGAUCAGACUGAAAGUCGCGAAGGGGGCAGCCCGGGGGCUCGCCUACCUCCACGAAUGCAGCCCGAGGAAAUUUGUCCACGCGGAUGUGAAGCCAUCAAACAUCCUCGUAGACAACGAGUACCAACCCUACGUAUCCGAUUUUGGCCUCAACCGGCUCAUCACCAUCACCGGGAACAACCCCUCCUCAUCCGGUGGCUUCAUCGGGGGGGCCCUUCCGUAUCUCAAGGGGCCUCAGCCGGAAAAGGUCAACAACUACCGGGCACCAGAGGCCCGGAUCCCCGGUGCCCGGCCUACACAGAAAUGGGACGUCUACUCGUUUGGAGUAGUGUUGCUCGAGUUGCUAACGGGGAAGACUCCUGAGAUCUCCUCCCCGACUAGCUCGACCUCCACGGAGAUUCUAGACCUAGUGAGGUGGGUGAGGAGAGGGUUCGAGGAGGAGAGCCCGUUGUCGGACAUGGUGGAUCCGGUUUUGCUCCAAGAGGUGCAUGCCAAGAAGGAAGUGCUCGGAGCGUUUCACGUAGCCCUAGCGUGCACGGAGGCCGACCCGGAUGCCCGGCCGCGGAUGAAGACCGUGUCGGAGAAUCUCGACAAGAUCGGAGCGUGAGAGGCUAAGCAUUGUUUUGCAGUUGUGUUUCUUGCACUACUAGUUGUUCUGUCCGAAGAAGAAGACGAUGCAGAGUUUUUUUAUUUUUUUUCUAUAUGAUUCUUUUUACUACAGCUUCAUUUUGCAAUUCAAAGUAGAAAACUAGCUAUGGUGUAAUUUAUCUUGGUUUUAAGGUAUCCUCUUGUAAUAACUGGGGUCUAUAUAUAUAACUAUUUUCAAUUUUGUAUUUCA